UUACCAUGGAGAGCGUUGCUGUGUGACGCUUGCUGGUAUCCAGGAGGAAGUUGAACUAGCUGCCACAGGAGGAGAGAAAUGGACGACAGUCUUCAACUAGGAGAGGCUGGAGCGGUAAGAAAUGUUGCCAAGUCUGGACGAAGAGCUCGUCCUGCAACACACCAGUCAUCAUUUGAAGAUUCUCGUCACAUAAGGAAGUCCUCCACCUCUGCUUCAGCAGGAGAGGGCCCGCCUCCUAAACCGGCCCGGCGGCAGGGCGGCUGGGCAGAGGACAGCUCUGGAUCUGGUUCUGCCAAAUCUUCAAGAAGACCUGCAGCUGAGGACCUGGAAGACCGCCGCCUGCGACCACAAACUCCCGAGGGAUCAGAUGAUGAAGGAGAUAUCCCAACAAUUCCAGAUCUGGACGAAGUGCAAGAGGAAGAUCUCACCAUGCAAAUCGCCGCUCCACCAAGUGUUCAGGUGAACCGGGUAAUAACCUACAGAGAUCUGGACAACGAUCUGAAGAAUUAUUCUGCAUUCCAAACCUUAGAUGGAGAGAUCGACUUGAAGCUACUCACCAAGGUUUUAGCACCCGAGCAGGAGGUGAGGGAGGAUGAUGUGAGCUGGGAAUGGGAUCAUCUGUUUACAGAGGUGUCCUCAGAGCUGCUGAUGGAAUGGGAUCAAGGAGAGAGUGAGGAGCUGGCUGCAUAACCUGUGACGUGAGGAGGACGUUUGAACGGAGAAGUUGCUCUGGUGGGAGUGAUGGGUGAAUGUCAGCUACACAGAAGGCCCGCCAACUUAAGUUAUGUUAAACUUAAUUACUGUUAUAUUGUAUAAUAUGUAUGUACAGCAUUUGUUACAUUUUAUAAAUAAAGUUGUGCAGGGAA